CUAAUGAGAUGCACAUCCAGAAAUUCCAAACGGUCAUUAUAAAGUCCAGCUAACAUCUCGAAACAGCUUCAAUUUGAACGACUCCCUCUUACAACCCCUAACUUCUAUCACUUAACACUUGCUCCUCCAUUAACAUGCGUAACUUGCUCGCUGCCUGGUACAAGAGUACUGAGGACCUGCUCAACUACUGCGAACCUCUGCUUGUAUAUGGGGAUGCUAAAGAUAGCGCACAGCUAGCAUUCCUCAGGGGCAUGAACAGCGCAGUUCAUUUUCUCGAAGGACGUGUUGCUCAUGACGACCAGAACGGCGUAGCCUUAGCGGAAGAAUGCAGCCAUCAAGUAGAAAAGUUGCACUACACACUUUUGGAUAAAGAACAAGAAGCCAAAGGUUUGAAUGACCAAAGCUGGAGAAAGAGACUAGCUGUCAUGGAAUUCCAAGAGCAAAGGAAGCUGAAGAAUAGUUUAAAGGAUGACACCGCAGGGCCGGAAACCGAGAAGGUCAUAUACCAAGAAGGCAUUGGUUUCAAUCUUGAUUACAUUAGCACCCGUCUACUUCACCUUGCUCAAGCAAGUCCCCCAGAGAUGUAA